AUGGGUGCGGGGAUCCUGUCCGAUCUCCUGACGGAGGUGCUGAUCCCCGUCGCUGCCGUGGUGGGGAUCGCCUUCGCGCUUAUCCAGUGGCUGAUCGUCUCGAAGGUGAAGGUGACCCCCGGGGCAGGCCAGUCCGGUGGGAACGGUAAGAAUGGAUACACAGAGUACCUCAUCGAAGAGGAAGAGGGCCUCAACGACCACAACAUCGUCGUCAAGUGCGCUGAGAUUCAGACCGCCAUCUCCGAAGGUCCACUUCGUCUCCCUCACGAUGCUCUGUUCUUCCCACGUACUUGUUACAUGGGGUUGUUCGAUGUAAAUUUGGGUUUUCUCAGUGUGGGACACUGUCUCAUGUGCCGGAUCUGAGUUUUUUCUUUUGGAUCUGCUGAGUUUUUUUAUGCACGUGAGUAGCUGGAGUAGGUGGGUCUGUAUUCAGAUCUCGUGUCGCAGCAGCUUGGUUUCUUCUUUCCACUUUCGCUUGUUAGAUUUAUCUGCCCUGCGAAAGUCUCUCGCAGCAUUUAUUUCCUUUUCCUUCAUCUCUCGCUUUUUACUUUGGGUAGUUGGUUUCUGGAGGUGAAACCAUUUGAGACUGUACUCUAGAUGAACUGGAUUCGAGGUCUUGGCAUCUGGUGCAUCACCUACCCUCAGAUUUGGAAGGAUUUUCUUCUCUUUCCCCCAUAUUAAACAAACUUAGUGCGCCUGGGAGUCAUUAUGGCAACGAGUAGCCUGAAAAUAAGUGCUUCAUUUGUUGUAUAAUACGCAUUCUCGAUUCUUUCCAUUUCUUAGUUUCUUCGUUAGUUUCAUUGUUGCAUCUUUAUAUAUUUGGAUUUUUCAAAAAAUAUUAAAAAUAGGGAUUUUUUUGUUGGUUUCUUCGUCGCAUCUGCACUUCCUCUCUUAGGAUGCAGUCCGUUUAUUAAUCCUAAGAAACUACGAGUUGAUAUAUUCGUUUUUGGGCGGUCUGUAUUCACCGUGGUGUUGAAUGCGUGGUCUGACUGUCGUUUGAAAAGGACUUCUUAUCGUAUUUGAAAUUAUUUAAAGUGGCAUAUUUAUAGUACUGAGUUAGCUUCGAGGAGGAACUUUUAAAAUCGGCAGCGAGGAGGACGUUUUUGUCUACUUAGAAAUAUUGGAGUAAUUUAGCGUAGGAAUUGAAAAUGCAUUAUUAAAAAAUUAUUUUUUAUAUUCUAUAUUUUAAGGAAAGCUUCAUAUUUUUAUUUUAUUUUAAAUUGAAUUAUCACUAUUUCUCUCUUAUUUAAUCGUAAAUUUUCACAUGCAGCAUUUAUUUUAACCUCUCUUAGAUCGUUUGUUCCGUAGUUGGUGGCAUAUGUUCAGCAUAGUUUUCUCGUCAAUAAAGAUGACAUUUUAGAACAACUACCAACGUGUGUCUUUUUCUUUUUAGUUUCAUCAGCAUGUAGAACUCAAAAUUUUGCUUUCAUUUUUUAUUUUAUUUGUCGCUUAUUUCGACGGUGCUCUUCAGAACUACCAACGUGUCGCUUUUUUAUCUGUGUACGUAGCUCAAUGUCUUGUGCUAACUGCAAACAUGCCUGUUCAUUUAAACAGGGGCUACUUCUUUCCUCCUCACUGAAUAUCAGUACGUUGGAAUCUUCAUGGUCGCCUUUGCAAUCCUUAUCUUCCUCUUCCUCGGUUCUGUUAACAGCUUCAGUACCAAAAAUCAACCCUGCACCUACGCCACGGACAAGAGCUGCAAGCCCGCUCUUUUCAAUGCUAUAUUCAGCACCGUGGCUUUCUUGCUUGGUGCAAUCACCUCUUUGGUUUCUGGCUUCCUUGGGAUGAAAAUUGCUACUUACGCCAAUGCUAGAACAACCUUGGAGGCGAGGAAAAGUGUGGGCAAGGCUUUCAUUACUGCUUUCAGAUCCGGCUCAGUGAUGGGAUUUUUGCUUGCUGCGAAUGGGCUGUUGGUGCUAUACAUUGCCCUAAACCUCUUCAAGUUGUACUAUGGAGAUGACUGGGAAGGUCUUUUUGAGGCCAUUACUGGAUAUGGGCUUGGUGGUUCCUCCAUGGCUCUUUUUGGACGAGUCGGAGGAGGAAUCUACACCAAAGCUGCAGAUGUUGGUGCUGAUCUUGUGGGAAAAGUCGAGAGAAACAUUCCUGAGGAUGACCCAAGAAACCCAGCUGUAAGCAUCUCCUCGUCUAUCUAUGUUUCCUGCGACUUUAACCUUGCUAAUAUGUGUAUGUUACGGUUAUGUAGUUCUAUUUUGAAAAUGUAUAUUGAAUAAGACCACUUUUCAUGAUUCAUUUCCAAUAUGUUAAUUUCCUAUUCGAAGUUGAUGCAGAGGUUAUGGCUCAUAUAGAUGUUCUCAGUAGGAUGGGAUAUUCUGGUCUGUUUUCUCUUGAUUGUGUUAUGAACGUAAGAUGGUAUCACUGAUUUAGUCGUCUUAGGUUGAAUAUAAUUGCCCAUUUUUCUUCGUACUUCGUAAUCUGUUCAUAUUUUAGCCUCUCACGCGACCUGUUUUUUUUGGCAGGUGAUUGCUGACAAUGUCGGAGACAAUGUUGGAGAUAUUGCAGGGAUGGGUUCUGAUCUAUUCGGGUCCUAUGCAGAGUCGUCAUGCGCAGCUCUAGUUGUCGCCUCCAUCUCUUCUUUUGGGAUCAACCAUGAUUUUACUGCCAUGUGCUAUCCCCUGCUCAUUAGCUCCAUGGGCAUCAUCGUUUGCUUGAUCACUACUCUCUUUGCUACCGAUUUCUUCGAGGUCAAGUCUGUGCAAGAGAUUGAGCCCGCACUGAAGAAGCAGCUCAUCAUCUCCACCAUCCUCAUGACAGUUGGCAUCGCUAUCGUCAGUUGGGUGGCUCUUCCAUCGACCUUCACUAUCUUCAACUUUGGCGCACAGAAGACCGUCAAGAACUGGUAGCUUUGAAAGCUCUCUCCAUUUCUAUUUAUUUGCAAAGAGAUAAAUCUCUGAGUCCUAUUGGCGCACAGAGAUUUAUUUUUUCACUAUCUUCCAUCGAUGUGUUGUCUUACACUGAAUUUCGUCACCAGGGAGCUGUUCUUCUGCGUCGCCAUUGGGCUUUGGGCAGGCCUCGUCAUCGGAUUCGUGACUGAAUACUACACGAGCAAUGCAUACAGGUAAUUCUUUUUAGUACAAUCCAUCUCGUGUUCAAAACUUCAAUGUUUGUUCGAUCAAAUAAUCUAAUUUUAUUAAAUAUCUCCAUUUCUGCAGCCCCGUCCAGGAUGUGGCUGAUUCUUGCAGGACUGGCGCCGCUACCAACGUUAUUUUCGGACUGGCCCUGGGUUACAAGUCCGUCAUCAUCCCCAUCUUCGCCAUCGCCGUCAGCAUCUUCGUCAGCUUCAGCUUUGCCGCCAUGUACGGUAUUGCGGUGGCUGCUCUCGGCAUGCUGAGCACCAUUGCCACCGGGCUGGCCAUUGAUGCCUACGGCCCGAUUAGCGACAACGCCGGAGGCAUUGCCGAGAUGGCCGGCAUGAGCCACAGGAUUCGUGAGAGGACCGACGCCCUGGACGCUGCCGGCAACACCACUGCUGCCAUCGGGAAGGUACAGAACUGCUCGAAGAACACAACCCAUCAUUAGUCAUCAUUAUCUGGGGUUCUCCAUUUAUUGACUGAUCUUUGUCGGGCGGUGGCGGCACGGCAGGGAUUUGCGAUCGGGUCGGCGGCGCUGGUAUCGCUGGCGUUGUUUGGGGCGUUCGUGAGCAGGGCGGCGAUCUCGACAGUGGAUGUUCUGACGCCGAAGGUGUUCAUCGGGCUGAUCGUGGGGGCGAUGCUGCCGUACUGGUUCUCUGCCAUGACCAUGAAGAGCGUCGGCAGCGCAGCGCUGAAGAUGGUGGAGGAGGUGCGGCGGCAAUUCAACACCAUUCCCGGCCUGAUGGAGGGCACCGUCAAGCCCGACUACGCCACCUGCGUGAAGAUCUCCACCGACGCUUCCAUCAAGGAGAUGAUCCCUCCUGGUGCUCUCGUCAUGCUCACUCCCCUCAUCGUCGGCACGCUUUUCGGCGUUGAGACCCUCUCCGGCGUCCUCGCCGGCGCCCUCGUCUCCGGCGUCCAGGUCAGCAUCAUCAUCCCCUCCCUCGCUCUUCCCCUUCCAUCUUCUGCGCCUCUCUCUGUCGUUGACCUGGGCCUGUUCUUCCUCAGGUCGCUAUCUCUGCGUCGAACACCGGCGGCGCUUGGGACAACGCCAAGAAGUACAUCGAGGUGACCGAUGGGAGCUGCUCCCUGCUGCUGUGCAUUGAUUUUGAAGCUUUUUGAGGGUGAAUGACGACGGGACUUCGGUUGCAGGCGGGUGCGUCGGAGCAUGCGAGGUCGCUGGGGCCGAAGGGAUCGGACCCGCACAAGGCGGCGGUGAUCGGCGACACUAUCGGAGACCCGCUCAAGGACACCUCGGGGCCGUCGCUGAACAUUCUGAUAAAGCUCAUGGCGGUGGAGUCUCUCGUCUUCGCGCCCUUCUUUGCCACACACGGCGGCAUCCUCUUCAAGUUCUUCUGA